GCAGCCCGACCACAGGGGAAUAAACCGUAAACAGCCCGAGCCACAUAGAGGCCAAUGUACAGAACCAGUGCACGUUGGACGUUGUCUUCUCAGUGUCCAAAAAAAAACAAAAAAAAACCUUUUUGAAUUAUUAUUUUUUUCUGUGGUGAAUUUGUAAAAGGAGCUCCUUGUGGGAAGUGGUGUCCCUUAUUUUGGAAACUUUCUCAUUGGGCCGCGGUGGGGAGCGCACUGUACGCGAAGGCAGUGUCUCACUGCAGCUUUCCGUGCAAACAGGUGGAUUACUGGUCGCUUCUGAAGGUAUAUCUGAAGCCCCGGCAUGCCAGCCCCCCCUCCUCCCCCUCCGCCUCCCCCGGCGGCACCUCCACCCCCACCACCGCCCAGCGCUGCCCUGCCACAGUGUCCGCCUGAGCCUCCUAAGCUCCAGUCUGGAGGAGGAGGAGGUGGAAGGAAUGCCCUGUUGGCCGACAUCCACAAAGGAACCAGGCUCAGGAAAGUCGCACAGGUCAACGACCGCAGUGCCCCUGUCGUCGACAAGACCACAUCCAGCACUGAAGAUGCACCCAGCGGUGUUGGUGCUUCUCAGGGUUCGUCAGGAGGGUCGACACCGACGGGACCCUCUUUGGGUGGACUAUUUGCUGGAGGGUUUCCAACUCUCAGGCCUAUAGGACAAAGAGACGUAGCAGGCAAGACCGCGGUGUCUCGAUCGAGCUCAUCGGCGUCCCUGAAGCCGAUGUGGAACGCGCCCGCGUCAGCGGACCCCGAGCCUCACAGGACGGCGGAGCUCCGGGCCGCCGUCCACCGCGUGCUCACCCCUUCGUCCUCUGCUCCUCCGUCCCCCUCUCACAGCGGCAAGCAUCCACCUCCGUUCCCCGCCUCCUCUGCCCCUGUGGCUCCCCCCGUCCCUCCCUCUGCUCCUCCGCCGCCUCCACCUCCUCAAGCCUCCCAGGACCGUCCAGCCAACAGGCCUCCGCCGCUCCCCUCCUGCCCCCCACCUCCACCUCCAUCCCAGGUCACCAAGCCCACCUGGCUUCCCAUCCAGCACUCCCACCACACUUCCAUCUCUCAGCCCUCUACUCCACCUCCACCUCCACCUCCUCCACCUUUCCAUCAUCCUGCCGCUGUCCCAGGGGACCGCUCCUCAGGGUUCUUCUCCCCACGUCCCCCCUCUCCAGUCCACUCCGAACCCUCAAGGCUCCCCAUCAUGCGGGACAACCCCCUUGGACCUCCUCCCCCACCUCCUCCUCCGCCUCUCCCGGCUUCUUUCACCCCCGCCUGCCCAACAACCCUCCCUCCACCACCGCCAAAGAUGGCCCCAGUGCCCUCCCCAGCCAUGCGCUCUCUGCCGCCGUCAUACCCCUGCAACGCUCCCACCCGACGGCCACCUGCUGUGCCCAGAAGUGCAGUUGCAGAUGUCAGACUGCUCUCAUCACCCCUUGUGGCAGGUGCGGGGCGGCUUGCUCCUCCUCCAGCUCCCCCGGCACGUUCCCCCUCCACAGAGUUGUCCACCCGCAUUCCUCCGCCACCACCCCCUCUGCCCCCAUCGGGUAUCAGGAAUGGACACCUGCACAGCAUGGAUGAUUUCGAGUCCAAGUUCCAGUUCCACCCUGUAGAAGAUUUACCUCCCCCUGACGAAUUCAAGCCCUUCCCUCGGAUCUACCCCAGCAAGGAACACAGAGGUAGCGGCCCAGCUCUUGUCAUUUCUCAGCUUCAACCAUCACUAUACAGCCUCAUCCGUUGUCUUUCUCUUCUUCUUUCCCCAUCUCUUACAGUGAACCCCAAACCGCCUGGGAUCAGGACACACCUCAGAUGAGUCGAGGCCUGAUCUUCACCCCCUCCCCACACACACAGCAAAAAGACUAUUGUGUUCCUCUUCCUCAUGACAAUAACACAAUUGCCAUGGACUUACUUGGAUACAAGCCCCGUGUGUGUGUGUUUUGUUUUUUUGUGUUUAGUGCAUUAGUGUCUGUGUGUAUGUUGAGUGUCACACAGGCUCCCCCUCACUAUGUGACCUUUGACCUUUUCCAGUGUGGAAUGUUUUGAAUGUGUGUGAAGAGGAGGGCUCUCCCUACUCAUACUAAUAAACUAUAUACAGACUACACACACACACUACUCUCCAAGGACAGUAUCUUCCAGUAGCUAUAUUUAACAUGACUGUUGACCCAGUUUGUUAUAGCUCAGGCAUUUCAGUAGCUACAUGCAGUACAGAAUAUUUUGAUUUGAUCUCUUGUGAUGCAGUAUAUCUCAAGACAGCCACCUUUUGUCAUGAUGUACAUAGUGGCACUUUUGAAGUCUGAAAUGAACAUUAUCAAACUGUCUUAAGACUGUAAAUAUACAAACUGUGGCCCUGCAACAUCUGUACACUGGAUGUCUAUCUGGGUCCCCGUUAGAAAAAAGCUCUUCUUCCACGGGUCCACCAGAUGUGCACCACCAUAAAUAUAUUACAACAAGCUCUGACAACAUAGUUUUAAAUUGUUGCUGGGGCAUGACUUUGCUAUGUACAGUUGUUUCUGUGUUCCUUCAUUUUGGGAAAUAUAUACAACUAAUAGGUCAGCCUCAAAUUAAAACUCAAUGUGAAAAUGAGAUCGCAGGUGAACACUUCCCAAUUCAUCUGUACAGCAAAGUGUGCUAACCUUGGGUGUCCAUAAAUAAUUGUAUUUAUGUGGUACUGUCCUUUGUUUAUGUGAUUAUUUUUCUAUGUACAGAAAUAAUCUUUAAAAAUUAAAGAUUAAAGGUGAUGUGAAAAUUA